AUGGAUGCCCGUGCCCCAACCUCGCCAUAUGGCCACCUUCAUAGCCAAGCCAGGAAAGUCAUUUUUAAUGUUAAUAGGUACUUCUUGGAAGAAAAAGCCAACGGAGCUCCUAUACUCCCACCUUCACAUGCACUUACAAGAACUGCUAUGGCCACCAAAACCAGCGAAAGAACUGUACGAAGGAUUUGUUCUGCACACAAUCAAAUGUUGAACACGGAAGCUGAACCAGACACACCAACCUUCCGCUCACCAAAGAAGAAACAUCGUGCUGCACCUGUUACUGACUUUGAUGACUUUGAUAAGCGCUUAUUAAGAAGAACUGUACUGGCGUUUUAUGAGAGGAAGGAAAUUCCAACUAUUUACAAGAUAAAAGAAGAACUCCGUGAACAAAUCGGCUACAGUGGCUGCGAAAAUUCCCUUCGCAAGGUUCUCCUGAAAAUAGGAUUCAAAUUUGCGAAGGUUGAUGGCCGCAAAUUCCUGAUGGAGAGAAAUGAUGUCCUUGCAGCUCGCACUAAGUUUUUAAGGGAAAUGCGGCAGCUUAAACAGUCAGACCACACUUUUGUUUACCUCGAUGAAACUUGGGUUAACCAAAACUGCACAGUUGGGAAGUGUUGCACUGAUACUUCAUCAAAAGAAGCAACAGGAGUCAAACCGCCGACUGGAAAAGGAGCACGACUUAUUAUUCUUCAUGCUGGAACAAAACACGGUUUUAUCAACAAUGCUGAGCUGUUUUUCCAAGCAAAAAAUGAUUGUGAUUACCAUAAUCAAAUGAAUUCAACAGUUUUUGAAGAAUGGUUUCGCAUGCAGCUACUACCGAACAUUCCACCAAACUCUGUCAUUGUGAUGGAUAAUGCAUCGUACCACAGCAGACAAGUAGAAAAAUUGCCAACAUCAUCAUGGAGAAAAGCAGACAUCAAGAACUGGCUCAAGUUAAAAGGAAUUACAGUCAGUGAUGAUUUGUCAAAAGCAGAGUUAUAUGAACUGGCAAAAAAUUCCCGUGUGGCAAAGAAGAGGUAUGUUGUAGAUGAAGUUGCUACAGAGGCAGGACACAUCGUCGUGAGGUUGCCGCCCUACCACUGUCAAUAUAACCCCAUAGAGUUGGUUUGGGCCCAGGUGAAGUCAUACAUAGCCAAAAGGAACAAUUUCAAAAUGGCUGACCUCAAACCCCUGGUGAAAGAAGCUAUGCGUGCCGUCACACCAGAGAACUGGAAGCAAGCAGUGAAGCACGCCGAACAACUCCAAGAACAUGACACAAAUCAAGACCGAGCAGUUGAAAUGUAUGUUGACUCUUUCGUUAUACACCUAUCUGAGAGUUCUGAUGACACUUCGGAGUCGGACUAAAAUGUCAUAGAGGAUUAGGCCUACGGGGGAAACCUCUUAAAAAUAAAACGCGCCUAGACUUUUACCUCAAUGGUGGUGUGGAAAAAAAGUCAAACUAAAUAAAUAAAGUAGACGUGCAGUUUUAUUAAAUGUAUUAUAUUAUGUAAUGAGAGAGAGAGAGAGAGAGAGAGAGAGAGAGAGAGAGAGAGAGAGAGCGGAAGGCUGGUGGGCGUUCCGUGGUAUCUUUUGAAGACGCGGCAACACUGGGGAAUUUCCCUUAGUAACUCCGCCUCACCGGCCAAAAUUCGGUGCGGCGAGUAUAG